CAACUGCGAUGCUAGUAGGGAUUCAAGGCAAAUGCCUUCUCUGCCCCACUCUAAUGUAAGACUGGGUAUAGGGUCUCGGACUUUGAGAUGGCACUAAGCCCCUUGCCAUUGCUCCCUCAGUGUAGCGUCACCAGCAAAGCGCUCCGGAUAGCCGGAACUGAAGUGGCGGAGUGUGUGUAGCAGACCGGAUGGAGUAGGAGCUGCACAGCCCAGCGCGGGAGAGCGGAGAGCGAGUUGGGGAGGCUGAGAGAGGGCUGUUGGACCCCCAAUUGCGAAAUAUGCAACUCUGAAUCUCCCACCAUGCUUCUACCGUCUGAUGUGGCCCGGCUGGUGCUGGGCUAUCUGCAGCAAGAGAAACUCUCUUCUACAUGCCAAUCAUUUAUAUUAGAGAGCCCCAACCUAAAGGAAUAUGCAGAACAUUAUACUGAUGAAGGGUCUAUUCCAGGCUGCGUAUUGUCUCUGUUUGGGAAAAACCUGACAACGAUUUUAAAUGAAUAUAUUGCCAUGAAAGCAAAAGAGAAUAAAGAAGAGAUACCAGUCAUGGUUUCAGCUCUGUGGAAGAAGCUUGACCACACUCUCUCUCAGAUAAGGAGUAUGCAGAACUGCCUGUUAUUGCCCACCAAUCAAAAAGUCCGCACAAGAUAUGGAAUACAGGACCUGAGACACCAAAGAAUGUUGACAUCACAUGCAGCUUCGACAGGGUCAGCCAUGGCAUGCCAGCAAACAUCUACUCCAAUAGCAGCAAAGCAAGUCAUGUUGAGGUCAUUUGUGUCUCAAAGUGCAUCACCAACCAUUGUCAGCCCUUUGGUCAUUGGUCAGUCUACUAUUCAGUGUACCAACUCUCCUGCUACCGAAAGCAAAGGAGAGACAUUACAGAAUUCUGCUUUGUCAGCUGCAGAGAAGAAACAGACUUCCUCACCUAUGAGGCGAAAAGCGGAUUGUCAAAGGAGAAGACGUGUGGCUCCGCUGAACUCUAGCACAGCUACUGAAGGAGAAACAGAAGGGGAUGCUGACUCACUCCAAGAACUUAUUGAUGGCAACUUCCCUCAACUGGUAAUAGAAAAUGCCAGAGAGAAGAUUUUAAGUAACAAAUCCCUGCAAGAGAAGCUGGCGGAAAAUAUAAACAAGUUUCUUGGAAGCGACGCAGCUGCCCAUGCAGCCAAGCCAUCCGAGGGAGGUGCUCUUGAACAGGAUACUUCCAUUGAUGAAAUCCUUGGACUUCAGGGAGGGGAGAUUCAUAUGUCAGAGGAAGCUAUUCAUGAUAUUCUAGAGCAAACUGAACUGGAUCCAGAUUUCCAGGAGUUAUAUGACCUUUUUGCUUGCAGUUCGACAAAGACAACAAAAACUGCAUCUCGUGACCCUCCCUUACAAACAGAAGGGGUUGCUUCCAGCAAUACUCUAGUGGCUAAUGAUAACCUGGAACCCAUGGAAAGCUCUUUUGAAGGAGGUGAUACUACAUCACACUCCAGCAACCCCACAGGGGUGGGUGCAGAACAGAAGAAAGACCCAACACCCAUCCUCACAACACAAAGUACUGAAAGCACCGGACUUCCAUCUAAAGCACAGGGAAUACCAACAUCUGGCAGUGACAGAUCCGCCAUGUCAGAUCAGAGUGUAGAGUCAAAGAAAAGAACUGAUUCCAUCAUCAUUCUGGACAGUACUGGAAGCGACACAGUAGUAGAAUCCAGUGAGGACGUACAAGUAACACCUAUGGAGAUAGCAGUGUCACAGUCACAAGAUGUUGAGAUGAAGAACAUUUCACAUAGAGAUGUGGUAGAAACCAACUGUCAGUUGGCCAAAGAAGCAGCUCCAUUGAGUGUUGACUUAACAGUUCACGGUGUUCAGAAUUCAAAGAAAGAGACUCCUAAAGAGAGAGCGCCUGAAAAGACAAGUAAAGCUAAAAAAUCAACACCCUUAAAAAAUGAGAUUUCAGACAGUCGGCAGGUGGAGAGGGAUAAAAGUGAAGGCCCUGCGGAAGAACACACAGCACAGUCUCAGAAUAUUGUUGUACUGGUUUCUAUUGGAAGCCCUGUUACAGAGUCAAAUCUUCUGAAUGAUAAGAACCAACAAGGGGAAGUAAAUGCAACACCUAGCAAAAUAGACACUCCUAUUGAUAGUACAGUGAGUGAACCUUUGCAGGCAGAAAGCUCUAUCGCAUCAAAGGAACUAAAAGUGCCCCAGAAACCAUCAAAGGCAGACAAGACACCACCUCAUCCGGUGGUGCCGUCUGUAAGUCCAGCCAUAAAGGGAGCAUCAUCCAGUUCUGAUGGAAGCAGUCUUCCUUUACAAGUCUCAAGCUCUGUGGCGGUACCAGCACCAGUCAGCAGCAAUGUAGAGCAGUCCUGUAUUGGCAUGUCCUCCAUCGAUCCAUCCCAAAUAAUAACUCUCAGCUUUAUCACUGAGGAUAUCCCAGAGGAUGCCGAGCUAACAAAGGCAGUUAAAAGUAUCAGUGAAAGGGGCAACUCUGCUUUACUCUUGUCUCCUUUCCAAAAACUCCAGGAAAGCAGUAGCAUUGUUUCUAACCCAGGCCCCUCCACCGAGACGUCGGGUUUGGCCCUAUUAGAUCAGAGAGAAGUAGUGACUGUGUCCAGCGAUGUUGCUGCUGGAGUGAAGCCAGCUGAAGAAUGUACCAUCUUCUCUCUGCCUGGGACUUCUAAUCUCUCCACUGACGGGGGGAUCAUACAGCUAAUGCCGGCCACAAGCUCUAGCUUUGCACCAUCAGGCAGCUUUUUUAUCAGCACGUGUAACACUGGUGGCGCACAGCAGUCCAACAUCAUGGUGGUACCCAGUAAUUGUGCUCCUGCUGCCAGCCAAAAGCAGCCAUGCCAUUAUCAAACCCCUCCCAGGCCACACAGUGUGUAUACAGUCGGACAGGCCAUUUCACCUAAAAUUUCACAAGGUUCUACCUUUAUCCUGGCCUCCGCUAUGCAGCCGGUGCUACCUGGUGUGGUGGGCAUGUUCCCUCUUUCUGUUGUUGGGCAGAGCAGUAAUGCGUUUGCAGCACCUUCUCACCAGGUUUUGCAUGUACCAGUUUCACAAGGCGUUCCCAAGCUGCCGCUCCCUCCGAAGUCUCAGAAACUUCCAUCCACAAGAAAUCUGGCAAGCGCAGCAGAGAAGCAGGGAGUAGCCUCAACCACAGAUUCUGUGAGCCGAACAUCGAGCUCUCGAGGGCAGAGGUCAGAGAAUGUUGAUAAAAACUCUGCUGCCGUGUCACAGAACAAGCCGGAAGAGAGACAGACAGGCAGCACCAAUCCAAGCACUAAAGCAGCUGAGAAUCAUAAGAGAGUGCUGUGCUUUGAGAAUUCUGCUGCCAACAGGGGUACAGCAAAUACCAAGUCGGUUAAUAAUAGCUCAGCACCCCAAAAUAAAGAUAUGGUGGAGACCGUGAACUCUUCUGGAGCUUCCAGUGCUUUAUUGCCUUCCAAGCAGAGUGGCAAAGACAGCAAACCCGACAAAAAAGCCCCAAGCACAGAGACAAACUCCAAGUCUGAGAGCGUUCCGUCCAAGCAGCCGGUUGUACCCGCUCCAAAGGAUCUGUCGGGAGACAAGAAAACUGUGGCCGUAGCGUUGUCUGCAGAAGUCCAUGGUGGGGUCAUGGCCAACAAGGAGAAUAUGUUACAGAAGGAGAAUAAAAAGCAAGAGCUACCAGAGUCCAACAAGAAACCUGCCAGUAGUGAUGGUGCAGCUGGAAAUUCCGAGCGAGCCGCGCAACCAACCCAUGAAACUGGCAGGAAGCUUGCAUCUCUGCCGAGCAUACUAAGGAGAACCAAAUUAUCCACGGAAAGAAUGUGCCCCACAAGUCCACUAACUAAACAGGCCAGUGACCUAUUGCAAAGCAUGCAGUUUAACAGUCCCAAUGCAAAACACUUCAGUGGGGGGGACUUGCCAAUACCACGUACCCCAGGCUCAGGAAUUGAUGACAGAUUGGUAGAUAACCACCCAGACCAUAUGAAAACCCCCAAAUCUAAACGCUACCAUGAGGAUGGAGGUACUCCCAAGCCCAUGCUGCCCCCUGCAACCCCUGAGUUACCAGCUUGUAGUCCGGCCAGUGAAACUGGCAGUGAGAACAGUGUCAACAUGGCUGCCCACACGCUAAUGAUACUGUCACGUGCCACCCUUGCAAAGACUGACAGCAGCUCUCCCCUAAAGGACAAUACUCAGCAAUUAAAAUUGUCCAAAAGCUCUUCAAAGAAGAGAAAGCUCGAUGAGCCUGAUGAAUAUGAGAGGCGGCCGCAUAAAAAGGAGUUGCAGAGCCCCUCUGCCAUUCUGAAAAGAAAGAAAAUAAAGAAACAUCGGAAGAAAUCCACGGAUGCUUUCCCAGCUGGGAUGGAUGUGGACAAGUUCCUAAUGUCUCUGCAUUAUGAUGAAUAACCCCAAUAUUUAGAGAGAUAUAUAAUAUAUAUAUAUUUGUAUGUUUCUGUAAAUAGACCUACAAUGUGAAGAAUCCUUCAUAUUUUGUAAUAUUUUAGGCACUUAACUAUUUCUGACCAAGGGGUGGAUCUGUAGAUAUUGAACAUUUGUGUACAUGAAGGGAGGGUAUAAACUGAAAAUAAGGUCAGAUUUUUUUUUUUUUUUAUUAAACAGAAGCAGCUUUACUGUUGUUUUUCUCAAAUUCAGUUAUCGUGGCCUGGAAAUUCUUUUGUUCCAUAAAUGUCAUUAGCGGCUGCUUGGUUUCCUCGUGCAGUUUCAUCAUUUCAUUAACAUCAUUGCAUUAAAAAGAAAAGUUCUACUAAA